UGAUAACUUCGGCUCAAGCAACCAAAACCGACAACGACACUAAUAUUGCAGUAACAAAAUAUUUAAAUACCCCCAACUACCAUGGAGGUCCGAAUCCAAUGGCCCUCGCCGCAAGCCAGCACAUCUGCUGAGGCCAAUCUAUUGCAAAGCCUGCAUCCGAGAUAUAAAUUGCCGGACGGCCUAAAAUGACUUCCAACGUCCAAUUCGGAACGGCAACUUCUCAGAAUAUACUCCUUUCCAGCAUGUAUUCAACGUCGCAGGAGACUACAUGCAGCAAUCAGUACCACAUCAACCAAGCAUCAGGCAUUUCCCCAGUGAACUGGACUUCACAGCUCGGUUCUUCUCAGGCGACAGAGAACCUCUACGAUGACUUCAGCUUUCCUGUUCAUCCUUCGAUUGCACCAGCUUAUACGGUCAACCCAUCUUUCGCCGGAGCCCAAAGCGGUAUCUGGGGAGUAUACGGUGCUGCAGGGCCUGAUGGGUUUGCUAACGGAACUGUAAUAGGUGGCGACGUGCCACCUUCCUACAAUACUAGCCAAGAUAUUGAAGGCACCGAAAAGGGACAAUGUAAGGCAUUGUCCAUAGCUAGUGACGACUUGGGUGGCGUGGAGUCUUCAGCUUCCAUCAAUACCUUAUCAUCAAAGCGAGUUCCGCACACCGAAGAUGUCCAGCAAAGAGGACACGCAAAAUCAUGCAAUGGCACUUUUAAGUGCGGAUGGAACGGUUGUAAAUACAAAGGAACGUUCCAGCGAACGGAAGAUCUGAUUCGGCACGUCAGAAACCUCCAUGUACAAGCCAACUCGUAUCCGUGUCCGGUGGAAGGAUGCCACCGAUCCUUCAAUCGAAAAGACAAUUUGGACAUGCAUAUUCGCCGAAGACACGAUAGGAAUGUGAAAGGGUUCCGGGUACACCCCCGGUGCCAAAAAUAAUUGCUUGCUCACGAAGUAUAUAUGCAGGAGCAUAGGGCUUGUGGAAUUACUACUAUGCAUUUCUCUGCAUGCAAUAUUGGAAAUAGCAACGGAGAUCUUAGAAAGGCUAUAUAUAUGUUCACACACGCCCGAAAUGAAAUAUCACAUCGUCUUGGACUCAUAUCCCAGCAUCCUGUGAGUCAGCAAAUGUAUCAAGUAACCGACAGAUAGCCAAGUGGCCGUUUUGCAAAGCAAAUUCCGUUGCGCGUUCGUACUGCACACAACCGGAGCUCAUGAUAUCAGCACCACUCAUUAGAAGGAACAUCACCAUAUCUAUACGUCCAUGUUCUGCCGCGCCUUCAAUCGCCGUCCUUCCUCCGACUUCUGCGGGUAAGGCAUUAACUUCAGCCCCUGCUUCCAGCAACAACUGCGCCAUCUCAAUAUUACCUCGAAUGCUGGCCAAUUGGAGGGCAGUAGCGCCAUAUGUUAUGAAGGCGGGAGCAUUGACUUUGGCUCCGUGGUGCAGGAGUAAUUGGACGACAUCAAAGCUGCUCGUUUCUGCGGCUAAUUGAAGAGGUGUGCGGCGAAGGUCCUGGGUAGCGGCCUUGUUCACAUCCGCUCCAAGCUUGAUUAGUUCUCCAACCGCCGGAACACUAUUCUGCUCGAUAGCCAGAUCAAGCCCCGUUCUGGAGGGCUGUGUCUUUGCAAGUGCAUUGAUUUUCGAAUUCGGGGAAUUAAGGAUUAAUGUGACAAUGAAAGGAUCGAUAUGGCCCAUCCCUUCCACGGCAACACCAAGGGCUGAUAACCCGUAGUGAAGUUUAGCCUCCAAGAGCAAAUAGCGUUUGAGACCGGGUUUGGCCCUAGCAAUCCAAUUCACUUGAACCCCAAAUUUGAGCAAUGCCUCGGUCUUGUCCCUUUGAUUUUCUGUGAUAGCUAACUGGAGAGCCUCACAACCAUAGCCAUGGGGGAUGAUUCGAUAGCGAGCCUGAUGAGUCUGUAAAAGCAGCAAAAGUAUAGAAGUUGGCCUAAAAACUGCUGCUACAAGUGCUGCCUCAUCUAUGUUGGCCCCGUGGUCAAGCAAUUUCUGGACAAGCAAGAGGCUGCCUUUCCAGACGGCCUCGAAAAGCGCGCUAGAUCCUGAAAGCGUCGCAUGCGGGGCAUUGAUAUCAGCGCCGGCUUCUAUCAAGAUAUUUAUAAUGGCAACGUCUCCGUUUUCAACUGCCAAGGAUAGCGGUGCUCUGUCUGAAUAUAGUCCUUUUGCAUUUAGUUCUGCUCCAGCAUAGAUGAGUUCACGGAUAAUCAAACAAUCGCCUGUGUCAACAGCUUCGGAGAGGACUGUUCGGUGCUCUGCAUCUUCCCCCUUCAAUCCCUGCUGCUUAAUCUCAUUCACGGCCACACCGCUUCUCAAUAGGUGGUGGAAAAGCUCUGUAUUUCUCUUUUUCAUU